UUUGUGUCUGUUUUUGUUAUAUAUUUUUUAUCUGAUUCUGUCAUUGUGACCAACCAGUGCUAGCUGUCGCCUGCUCCGUCAGAGAAGUAUUGAUCCGUCGUACGACUGCCAAAGAGAGAGAGAAACACUGAAAAACGGAUGACGAAAAAGCCUCUCUUUGAUUUGGAAUAAUUUUCAUCAAUGGAUGAGCAUUUUGCGGUGUUUUUGGUACAUUUCACUGGGUAACACUGAGUACGAGUGGAGGGGCUGUUCUGCGAUGUCUAAGCGGACCAUCACUUGCGUCAGCAUGUCACUACAGUCGGUUUGAGAAACAGUCACAGAAUGCCUCAAGGAAAGGACUUUACAGACACCAACUUUAAUUCCGGUUCCGGUCAGGCAGCGCCACCUUACGUCACCUUGAGUAUUCUGGUGGCGGGAGUGGUAGGGGGCGUGGUCAUUGUGGUGGCGGUUCUGUUCUGCUGUAAAUGCUGUUCAGAGAGGUCAAAGUCAAAGCGGAGAUUUACUCUCAAUGACUCCUUGCACAUUACUGACAUUGAAAGAAGUGUGACGUCACCAACCUCCAAAUACGAAAAUGCCCACUCUGACCUAUUUUCAGAUCCAAGCAUUGGGUCAAUAGAGGGGAUUAUUUCCAGUCCCCGGAACGAAUUUCAUCAAAAGGACACAGAUCAACUCUUUUGUGAAGCAUCCGAAACAACGAAACUCAAGUCUGAUUUCGAGAAAGAAGAAUACAAAAACGACCUGGGUAAUUUGGAGUACUCCAAAGAGGAACCAGUUUCUCCUUCAGAAGAACCAGUUAACGACAAAGCCUCCAGGCGAGUAUCCUUCCAACUGGAAGAUCUUCCGCCCAGUCAGCACCUGCGCAAAGGAAGGAGGUAUACCGAUGGUGACUUUCAUCAUUUGAAAAGGUCAAGGAUCGGGAAGAUGACCCCACGCCAGUAUUCCCUUGGAGACCGACAUCCCGAUUCUUCCACUGGACUUGGUCCUCUUGAAAAACCCCUCUCCGAAAAGGUUGACCAGGACCUUCCGGUCCUUGCUAGAUGUGUUGAAAAAGAGACUCAUCCGGUACCGUUUAAAACCGAAGUGGCAGUAGAGAUACAUCAAAAUCCCCAGGAGAGCAUCCCCGGGAAAAGUCUACCGAAGCUGAAACCUUCCGUCUGUGAGAAGAAACAAUGGCGCUUUAAGAUGUAUUCACAGAGUCUGGACACGACGUCUUAUGAUGACGAAUACAAGCAAGAGGGGAAACGAUCGAGGAGCUAUCACGACAUCGGGGACUACGACGUCUUACAGAUCACCGAGUUCAAAGGACCGUUCUUCAAUACAGAUUUCGAUGCUAUAUCCGAGUUAGGGUCCUCGAGUAGUAGCAAAGUUCGAUAUAACGAUACAGGUAGUAUUGAACAACUAAACGACGAAAACUUAGAUAGUUUGGAAUUUUUCGAAGAAUUUGAAAUGGACACAUUAAGAAUUGAUGAUAGCGAUGGUAAUGAAACAAUUAACGGUACGCAGAAAUACCGCGAGUUGUGGAACCUGAGGACUACGUUUGAAGAGGAAGAGGAAUGUAGUGAUACGAUCAGAAUGGAGGAUAUGACGUCACCCGAUCAGUCGCCCGAGACAGAUGUUAAGAAUAUUUUUGAUCCUCGCACAAGUCCAGACGGUGAAGUGAAAGGUAGCAAGUUGGCUUCAGCCGAUCCAGAACCUGCGAGGGAAAUGAUCCCAAUGGUUGAUAAUCCCUCUUCAGAAAAGAGACGCCAGACAUAUAAAAAUAUUCUUGAACGUCGAAGUGAACAACGUUCUGUUCACAGUUCACAUAAUACUGAAAACAGCUUUGAUAGUGUUACAACAGCAGAGACUGAUGGCGACCGAUCGGACACCAGCCGACCGGAAGUGACGACAACUUCCUUUGAGUCGACGACUGAUAACACAGACAGCACGACAGAGAGCCAAAACCACAAACUGAUUCAGAUGAAAGCUGACAGCGGCUACAAGUCGCUAGAAACUCAACACCCGUCAAAUCUCUUCAAGAGAAACCACAGCACAGGUGAGAUUGAAGAAGAAAUCGUAGAGUUAGAACCAGUCAGUGAAAAAAUCUUUGUUCACGCUCACUCCCUUCCAGAGAGCGGUACUUCCGGUGAACGCGCCUUUUUUGACAGGCGCACAGGCAAAACUGCCUCUCGAAAGAGACGAGAAUAUCGACGAGAGCGACAGAUGGUACAAGUGUAUGAAAGCAUUAACGAACCCGAAAGUGAUUCGAAAUCUGACCAGCAAUCAAUUGAUAGUAUGAAAGUUACUUCCCCAUCAAGCAAAUUCUCGAUGUUUUCUCGAUUUUUUAAGUCAAAUAAGGACCAAAAGGAAAAACAAUAUGCUACUCGUGACUACUCUAUAGAUGAAAAAACCAAUAAAGUGUUUCAGGAAUUUCUUAGGUUUGAUCCAGCUUUAGAGAAUAGAUUCCGCUCGGCAAGCCAACCAAAAAUACAUGUACCCAAGCACAGACUACAUAGAAAACACUCAGAUGUGAAAUACUUUGAAGACAGACGAAGAGACAGACUGGCCCCAGACAAACGAAGUUUAAGUCUUGGUAGUGAUAGUAGUGCCAGCUCCAUUCGGAGACUGUCUCCACAGGACAGUAUUGAAGAGGAAGACUAUGAAGAUAUCCGAAAGGAGGAAGAAGAAAGCGCGGCACGUGAUCCAUUGUUACACUGCGCAGUAUCCGGUCAUGUGGUUCAGACAUUUCCUCUUCCUGAGGAAGAAAUCGGCGUAGAAGAUGCGUAAAAGAUUUUCCACAGUUUAUCGUCUUACUUAUUGAUUCUCUAAAAAUCGAUUUCUAUUGUUCUAUGGUCUUGCAUGUGUGUAAAAAUCAUUGGUGCAGAUUACAUCUCUGUAAAGUAGUUUGACUUGUAGAGAUUAGAAUGAUGUUUUAUGGUGCAUUGAAGAACUAAUUGUUCGUUAUACAAAUUUUGCCAAGGAACAAUAAUAUUUAUUGUAAUUUUGACUUUUAAAACCAAGAAUUAUAUUUUUACCGUGAAUUUGUUGUUCACAAUUUUAUAUACAUGUACUACCUUCCCGUGCAUUUGUUUCUUUUUUAUACAUUAUCUUUCAUAAUUAUUUUCUUUUCAUAUUUGAUUUAAAAAUUUUAUCAAUGAAUAAAUGUUGAACUCUUACACAUUGUAUGUGUUUGCUUUUGA